AGAGGUGUCCGAGGGGCAGUUGAUGCUGGGACUGUCUUCAGACUAGAGACAAAGGGAACAGACGUCAGGGUCAUCGAUGGUUGGUCAAGCCUUAUCGCUGACCAUGAGUCAGUGAUAACGAGUGCUUGCCACCACUUCCUUACGUUCCGAAUAUCUGCGAACAUCCUGUAACCAUCUGUGGUUGAUAACCAUUACCAAACACUGAAGAUGAGCACGGAAACUCGUAAAAACUAAAAUGGUAAAAGGAAGUCUGCCGCUAGAGCUGCCUUAUGAAAGUUAUGGUGAAAGUGUGCAGUCGCAAAUGUAAAAGUUAAGUUAAUGUCUGCUGUGUUGAAUAUUUAUGUAACUGUGACUAUAUGAAAAAUUAUUUGUGAAAUUAUGAAUGGAAGUUGAUUUUUCAAUUUUCUUAGUAUAGUCUCUAUAUUUGAUGCUUAACAUAAUACAUAUGUUAAACAGCUGCAUGCAGAAAUAAGCUGAUCACUCAUUUCAUUGAGAGUCUCGAACAGAAUUUGUUCGCAACAGUAAUGCAACUCCCAAGACAAGGGAGCGUGGCGGCCCUGCUGUGCAUCGCCGCCGCGAUGGCGGUGGGAGCGGCCGAGGACACAGGUUUCCAACCAGACUGCUCGUGGCAGGAGUAUGUCGGAAACUUUGCAGUGGCCGACUGCAGCGGCCGCGGUCUCUACCGGGUGCCAGACCUGCCCCGCGACACUUGGGGCCUCAACCUGAGCGGCAGUCACUUCUCCCACCUCGACGACCAGUUCCGGGCGGGCGACUGCGGGGCGGACGACACCCUCAGCUGCACUCUGCUCCCACACGCCUUCUACCUGGAGCUCUCGCACAGUCGUGUUGAUAGCAUCUCCCCCCGUGCUCUUCUCGGCAUGACGGAGCUGCGCUUCCUGUACCUCGGCGACAACCGGCUGACGUCCUUGCAGCAGCACACCUUCUCCGACAAUACUCUCUUGCAAGAACUUGAUGUGUCGAGGAACGCGAUCCGCUUCCUGCAUCCGGAAGUGCUGUGGAACUUGACCAACUUACUGUACCUUAACCUGGAAGGCAACGCGUUGUUCAGCUUGCACUGCGAUGUUUUCAAAGAACUUUCUAGCUUGCAGGUUCUGCACUUGAAUAGCAAUUCUAUUUUGCAACUUCACUCGGGCACGUUCGGAGAGUUGCGAAACUUGGAAACACUGAGGGUUGAUGAAAACUGCCUGAUUUAUGUCCAUGAGCACUUACUUCGAAAUCUGACCAACCUGCAGCAUUUUAAUGCUUCAAACAAUUAUUUGAAGCACCUUGCUCCAACAUUUUUUGCAAAUUCGAAAGACAUGAAGUUAGUCGAUUUGAGUCACAAUUUCAUCAAAAAACUGUCAAGGUAUGUUUUCCAAGAACUAGUUAGAAUGAAUUUCGUCAACAUGUCUUUCAACAGUUUAGAAUCUGUGUACUUAAGCCACAUACCAGUCACAAUUUCUGAUCGUCAAGUAAAUAUUCUCCUCGUUCCAGAGACAAAAGAAUGUACAGGUAUGACUGCAGAUCUGCCAUGCUUCGUGUUAGGCUUUACUGGAGAGGGUGGUUCGGAGGAAGUAAUCUUUCAUGGCAUUAAUUUUGCAUUCAACAAUAUUACUGAAGUUAAAUUUAGCAAAACCAGAGACUCACAUUCUUUAGAGUUUGCAAUCAUAAACUUAGAUGGCAAUGCAAGACUUUUUCUACCUGUUUCGUUCGUCCAGCAAGAGCGAUACAUUGUCAUGCUGACGUUGGAUCACACUGCAUUGGACUGGAGGAAUCUUACAUUAUUUAAUGAAAUUUUUCAGCUGCCAUUUUUAAAACAACUCAGUAUCGUUGACACUCCUGCAUGCGAAUAUUAUACUCAACAAAUUAUGUCCUCAGUUUUCAACCCAGACAUGCGCAUAAACGUGGUAUGUCGUAAAUGUUCAACUCUCGGUCAUGGCACGGGUUCCAAAAUGACUUCAAUAGGAAAUUCUAAAGAUGAAGAUUCUUUGGCAUACUUACCAGAAGACGACACUACACCUGGACAUAACAUGGGAGAUCACGAGAGUUCAAAUGUUUCAGACAAUGAUCCUUGUGUGUACACCAAGUUAGUAAAUUUAGGUCAGAAAUUUAUGCGUUUUCGAUAUAGUUUUUAUUGUGAAUCCACAAUGGAUUGUACAUAUUUGUCUUUGUCUAGUUUACCAAAUAUGAAACCCUCCAUAUCUUGUUCUUUAUUGUCGCAUAACACCAUAAAGAUUAUUGAACCAAAUUAUUUUGUCAAUUCUUAUGAACUCAAAGCUUUGGACUUAUCUUUCAACAGCUUGCAGCAUCUACCAGGUACCGUGUUUCGUGCAUUGAAGAAUCUGAUCUUGCUUAGGAUGAAUAAUAAUUACCUGACUUCUCUCAACACAUCCCUUUUCAAAGAGUUGGAAGACCUUAAAUUCCUCAUUUUGAAUGAGAACAUGAUAUCUUCAUAUUCCCCAGACGUGUUUACGACCUUGCUUAAAUUACAGGGAUUAUCUAUUGACUUCAUGAACCUAACAAUAUUCCAUGCUGAAACCUUCAAGAACCAAUACAGUUUGAAGUACCUGUCUCUGCGUGACACCGGUGGCUGCCUCUCAGACGAGAAGACCCUCCACGCUGGACACUUUGAAAAUCUUAGCUUGCUUCAGUCAGUCACAAUCGGUGGAUUUAAAAUUAACUUUGAAUUCGGAAAAAAAUUGUUCCUGCAAUCCUUUGCAAUUACUACAGUAGAUAUACAUAAUAGUUUUAUGCCAAUUUUAUCUAAUUACUCAUUCAAUACAAUCACAGAGGUUGAAAACAUAACGCUGAGGUCAAAUCAGAUAAAGGACAUAGAAAUUAAUGUUUUCAAGAACUUAAAAAAUUUAAUGAUAAUGGAUCUUUCAAAGAACGAAAUUAAGUUCCUUCAUAGUGAUUUAUUUAUAAAAACACAAUUAGAAUACUUAAAUGUAUCCCAUAAUAAAUUGGUUCGUGUUUCUCCUGCAUUUUUUAUGUCUUUAAAAUUAUUAAAAGUAAUAGAUUUAAGUAAUAACCUCUUAAUAUCCUUAGACUAUAAAUUCUUUUCUUAUUUGCCUAUGUUGUACUUGCUAAAUUUAGAAAAUAAUUUGAUAGGAACAGCUGAUUAUUCAUAUUUUGAACAAGAUAACACCAAGAUGGAUACAUAUGUAAGUUUAAAUUAUUCUGCAAAAAGAAUUUUACAAGAUCUUUUGAAACAUGAACAUGAACAUGAACAAAUCAUUAAUAUUUCUUCCAUGCCGAGGAAACCAGAACUCGGUUACAAAGCAAGCUUUCCAACAGAUGGGGCCACACUUUUAAACAGGGGUGUGUUUUUUCAUAAUCUAAGCCUAAAUGAGCUGAAUUUAGCACAUAACUGUAUGAACAAAAUUGACAAUGAAACAUUUUCAAGUACUAUAAACCUGAUACAUUUGUAUCUGAACCACAACCUCUUAACUAGCAUUAACAAUUAUGUGUUUCGGAAUGUAAUUUAUUUAGAAAAGCUCUUCCUACAUAAUAACCAAUUGCACUUUUUGGAAGAAGGUGCAUUUCAAAACUUGGUUCUCCUCACAUACCUUUCGCUCAGUUUCAACAAAUUAACAUCUUUCGACUCUCGAGUUUUACCCUCGGGAAAUAGUUUGAGACAUCUGUACCUGAACGACAACUUCAUUCGACUAGAUGAUCUCGUUCUCGACUUGGAGUCCCUGUUGACCCUUUACCUGGACAACAACCCGCUGACGAGCUCCGAGGCCACGGUAUUUCGCUUCCCCUCGUCGCUGAAAACCCUGGAGCUGUCCAACACGAGCUUGCAGGGGCUCCCGCGAGACCUGCUCGCAAACCUGGACCAGCUGGUGUCUCUGGGCGCGGGGGGCAACGCGCUGCAAGGGCUGACGGGCCAGCACUUCUCCGGCACACCGUACCUCCACCUGCUGAACGUGAGCUUCCCGAGGGCCCCGGCCAGCACCGACACUCGGCUCGACUGGAGGAACAUCACACUGAUCGACCACUGGUUCACCAUGCCCACGCUCAGCUAUCUCAUCCUCUUGGGGAACCCUAUUUGUGAGGACAUCCAGUGGUUGCAGAUCGUGCAGAACUUGUUCCUGUCCGAGACCUGGAAGGCCGUGAUAUGCUCGCACUCUUCCGAACUGCCCAAGAUCACCGUAACGGAGGGCAAUGUCAUAAUUUUCUCACUUCCCGUAUCUGUGAGAUAAGACCUUCAACAUCCAGCCAGAGUUGUGUACCCAAACACAGAAUUCGUGCUUUUCCUGUUGUACUGCCACAAUCUCCAUUGGUUAUCUUCCAGGGAGGUUUCCUUGGGCGGCGGACAAGUCAAUCAUGUGAGAGGCUCUACUUGCCACACACUAUGCACAACAUGGUGCCAGGAAACGGUAAAAUCAGUAAAGUGUCAAAACCACGUGCCUUUGAAAAAAAAAUUCUACUUCCUGCUGUCGCUAUCUACAAGUACCCGUUUAUUUUUUACUUUAGAUUAGUUGUCUAGCUGCCUUUUUUUAAAUUUUAUAUCAUUAUAAAUUGUAAUUAUCUUGCAACUGUGCUAGUCAAAUGCUGAACACUUUAGACCAGAACUGCGCACAAGCUAACCUCAGAUUAUCCAAGUAGAUUCAUGCCUGCGUGCCUUCAGGGUGGGCCAGGUCUAAAUGUUGCACCAUCUAGCCCCACUGAUCAUCACAUGGCACAGAUCGUCAUGACUGAAAUUUGUCUUCUUCACUGAACAGCCCGGGGAUGGAUUGGCAUCCCAGCCACUGCCACGGGGAAACGGUCGAGGCGUGACUACAGCAGACUAGGCAAGAUGAUUCUGCAAUGGUUGUCUGUUACCAUCUGCAGUACUGGGCUGAAGCGACCCGGGGGUGUAAAUGUUCCAACAGUGAAAAAUGCCACACCACGUUCUGGAACUGAACCCAGGACCUGCGACUAACUAAACAGAAGCUCUGGAUCAACCCAACAGAUCAAACGACAAUGUUCACGAUGACGGGCUGGAGCUAUGAAUCUUUCCUGCAAAAAUACAAGCUCCCUGCAAAAAUGUUAGACGUGGACAGUAAUGGCCAUUAUACGAAAAAUAUUUUUUUUUUGAGUUUUAUACACAGGCAACAACAUCUAGGUUAGUACAUGCUAGUUGUAGACAGAAAGCACAUGAUGUCAUUUCGUCUAUAUCCUCACCCAUGCUCUAAACGGCAACAAGGGUAAUCAACGACCAUCUGAUGUGACUGGCUUAGAAACAGCUUGCAACAAGGGUGUAUGCUGACCAAGUUGCUGAGAAAUUAAAAAAGAAAUGUCACUAUUUUAUUACAUUUAUGUCUGUAUUCAGACCAUUGAGUUAAAUGAAGACCCAUGUAAACAGUUAUAAACCUCAAAAGAAUAAAAAAUGCUGUUUCAAGUGUUAAUUUAGAAAUGUAUACCUGUCUGCAGUUUCAUUUUGGGUACAAACUUUUUUUUGAGGGGGGGUGGGGGAAAUUAGAAAAACUUCAUGAAAUUUUUUCCCCCAAACUGCCUAUACCCCAAUGUCUUUGAAUAAAUAAAUUGUUACAAACUAUAAACUUAUAUGUAUCACCCUUAUAGUUCAGGAAGGAGGCUAUAUCAUCCCCCCCUCCCCCGAAAUCCUAAAAUAUCAAUCAUUCCCAACAACAACAACUGGAAAUAAUUAAAAAGCACAGCGACCAAAGUGGUUCUGUCCCCUCCGCUGCCCCGCUCCUAAUACGCACAGAUUAUCAUUAUUAAUAAUUAGUGGGUCCCUAUGAGACAUAUCUAAAAAUGUCUAUGAAAGGAUGAUGACUUUAAGUGUUGGAAAAUCUGCUAUCAUUAAAACAUUUACGAAAGCUGUGUUGUUAUUUGUAAAAUAAAAAAUAAAUAAAAAAAAUCAGCAGAAGAUUCUGUUAGGUUCAAGUGCUGAUAGGAGAUGUGUUGUAAUUAAGAAUUGAACCUGCAUUUGUUACAGCUUUGUGUGUGUGUGUGUGUGUGUGUGUGUGUGCGUGUGUGUGUAUAUAUAUAUACUGUACAGUAUAUAUAUACAUAUACUGUACAGUAUAUAUAUAUACAUAUACUGUACAGUAUAUAUAUACAUACAUAUAUACAGUAUAUAUGUUCAGUAUAUAUAUUCAAAGGUUACAGUCCUGGAAAAUAUUUUGGUUUAAAUAAAAAUGAAACAAAAUAUGUAUUGUCUUUAUUCAAAACAGUAUUUUCUUAAAGUGUCUAAUGGAAUCUAUGUAAAAUUUUACUUAAGUAAUCAAAUUAAGUAAAGGGGUAUAAAAACCUACAUUCCUUUAUGUAACAAGUUUUCUGUAGGAGCAAAUAUGAUGGAAUGCUGAAUGAGUCCUGUUGUAAUUAUGAAAAUGUGAUGUUUAAGAUUGUACAUUAUUAAAGUUAAUUUUUAUUUUAAA